AUGGGGUGCCGGGAGCGCGGCGUGGUGAACGACACGCGCGGCGCCGUGUCGGCGGGCACGGUGGUGGCCGCGCUGUGCGCCGCCUCGCAGCCGCAGACGGUCAGCCUGCGAGAUCUACUGGCGUCGGCAGCGGAGGCGGGGCUGGCGCCCGUGCUGUCCGCCGGCACCUCGGCCGUCGCGCCGCGGGACCGCGAGAAGCUGGAGAGCCUCAAGGCGUACUCCGACAUGGGCAGCGCCGCCGCCGUAGACAGCCUCUGGGCCAGCACGCUCGCCGGAGACCUGUCCGAGGUGGCCAUCUACCAGGGCCCUCGCGUGGCGGCUGUCCGUGUGGGGGCCGCCGGCUUCUGGGACGACCCGCUGCUGCCCAUCAACUACGUCAUCGGCCACAAGGUCAUCAUAGACCUCACCGACGCCGAGCUCCGCGGCGGCAUCGACGGCCUGGUGCUGGGCGGCGGGCUGCGCGCGUGGCUGGAGCAGAUGGGCCGCCUGCGGCUGUCGCAGCUGCUGGAGAUGUACUACUCGCCGCGCGGCGUCGUGCUGGACGCCCAGGGGCAGCUGAGGGCCUGCCAGCGCUCCGGCGUGCUCUCCGCCGCGGGCUACGGCCUGCGCCUGCGCAACGAGACGCUGAACAUGGCGCGGCUGCUGUACAUGAGGUCUGACGGGCCGCAGCUGAGCGACGCGGCCAUACAGAACUACACCAACGCGUCCGUCAGAGCCUUCUCCAGUUACUACCGUGAUGUCCUGGCGAAGGACCCAUCUUGCGCUGGAGAACUCUGGAACCCUCCCUACGUUCACCUGCUCGUCGUCAUGGACUCCACGUGGACGGCCAAAGAGGCAAUUCGCCUCCUCACGUUCCUGGCCCAGCAGGCGGACGUGUCUGAGCUGGGAAGUUCCCUCAGCCUGCUGGACGGCCGCGGGGGACGCUGGGUAAUCAACGGCUCCAGGCGCUUCACCGACGUGCCGCAGGCGCUGCACAACGACUCCCUGCUUUCCUGGACGUCCGGCGUGGACCUGUCGCGGUCGCUGCUCGCCGUGGCUGACCGGCUGAGCGAGCUGCGGGGGCCCGUGGGGGGCGCGGCCACCGUGCUGCUGCUGCUCUGCUACAGCUCCUCGCUGUCCGACGCCGACCUGCAGGCGGCCGCCGACCAACUCAGCGCCAUCAACGCCUCCUUCCCGGAGCUGGCGAUGGUGGCGGUGACGUCGGACGUGAACGCCGGCCGCUUCCAGCCGCUGGUGGGCGACGCCGGUCCCGUGUUGGUGGCGCCGGACAGCCGGGCCGAGACGGUGGUCCCGCUGGUCACGCAGCACCUCUCCACAGUGCCUGGCAGACUGGUGCCCAGCUCCUGUGGCUCAGCGACUGUGGGGCAGAGCAGCGAACUGGAGCUCUACCUGACGCCCGGGCUCACCACGCGCAUGCGCAUACAGCUGCAGUAUCUGUCUCCCGGCUCAACAGUCACACUGCAGCAGCUGGAAGGUUCGGUGACCCUCCCAGGCGGCUUCCAGCAGCCAUCAUCUCUUAUUUAUCGUGGGUGCCGCACGCUAUCAGACGUCAGCUCGCUGCCCCAGGCGUGA